AUUGAUUUCUUGAUUCUUUUGAGAAUCUCGAGCGACAGCCCUAUCUCGGAUAUUCUCGAAGCGAAGGAAGGAGAGAAACGAAAACCCUAUACUGAGUGUCGAUUGAUCUUCUUUCAAGACUGUUUGAGAUCAUACGAAGUACCAAGAUUCCGGUGCAGAGAGAAACACUGGCAGUCAUGACUACCCCCAGUGUUGUAAGGAAAAGAAAGCGGCGAGAUGGAACUCAGACCUUGGCAGAGACGCUUGCUAAGUGGAAAGGCUACCAUGAACAUAUUGAACCUGGCCAAGAUGGUUCUGAACCAAUCCGUAAGGCUCCUGCAAAGGGUUCAAAGAAGGGUUGCAUGAAGGGAAAAGGAGGGCCAGAUAACUCAAGAUGUAAUUACAGGGGUGUUAGGCAGCGAACUUGGGGCAAAUGGGUUGCUGAAAUUCGGGAGCCAAAUCGCGGUCCCAGGCUGUGGUUGGGUACCUUUCCUUCUGCAGUCCAGGCUGCACUUGCUUAUGACGAAGCUGCAAGGGCAAUGUACGGUCCAUAUGCCCGCCUCAAUCUGCCUCACGUUAGUAGCUACAGUUACUUGUCAGAUGCUACAAAGGAUGCCUCCUCAGUUGCGACCACAACGUAUGCUUCUGUUGCAACUACGGCAGGUUCAGAUUAUACAUCAUCAUCCCACUCUGAGGUUUGUGCAGCCGGGCAACAAGCUGUUGGUGCUGAGGAAUACUCUUCGAACACUAUCAAACUUGAAGAAGAACAUGAGUCCCGAUGGGUUAAUAUGCCGGACGUCAGAUCAGGAGGAGAGGAGAAGCCUGAACCCGAUGCGGCAUAUGGUAUUGAGCAUGAAGCGAGGCCCCGCAUUGAAGAUGAGCCCUGUCAGAGUAGUGACAUUGAUCCAAGAACAAAAGAUGAUCAGCUUGAUGUAGCUGACUACGGUUGGGCUGGUGGAUAUGAGGGCCAGCAGGAUCAGUGGCAGAGUCUGAACAUGGAUGAGAUGUUUGACAUGGAAGAGUUUCUUGGGAUCCUGGACAACCAUCCUCUUGAUACUAGUGAGUUGGAGUUCCUGGGCUCUGAGCACAUUAAGGUUGAGAAGGCCCCAGAUCUUUCGCACCAGCUGCAGAAUCCGGAUUGGACAUUUCUUGGAAGUUUGCCUCAAAUGAAGCAAGAAGGCAAAGACACUGAAGGCCACCUGAAUCUAGAGUUGCCAGAUGAUGUGGGGUUUUGAGGAAAGAGGCACUGAGAUGAUUUCUUUGGUUUUCCAUUUCAAAGAAAGAUUAUUUAUCUGAUUUGCCUUUGCUCUGAAGACGGGUGGCGAGUGACAGACGUCAAUGGUGGUCUUGAGAAGAUUUGAUGUUAGGAUGUUGUCUGGUUACACCAUUGAUGCUGUGCUCAUUCUCUAAGAGUAUUUUUAAAUUGGGAACUUAGCCAGGAUAAUCUUCUUUUUUUUCUCCAAGUAUAGAAGAGAGAAAUUUUCCGUACUACAUAAAAGUUGCAUACUUGCAUAUUCUUUCAGUGGAAAAGCAUAUUUGGCAUUGUAAUUAAUACAAUUGUACUAGCUUUUAGGUUCUGUGAGAUCUGUACAUCAGUAUACUAAUUCCAUCAAUGGUGAUGCAACAUCUCUCUAUUUUAUGAGAUUUGGACCUGGAUUCUGUUC